AUGGAAGACAGAGCUGGCACCUGGGCACAUCUGUACCUUGAUCAAUUGGGGUCACAUUGGGCUGUCAUCCAGAACAUGGAUGACUUCAAAAGGGAAUUCCUUGUGGCAUUUGGAGAUCCAGAUGUUACCAGGGCAGCAGAGCAUAAAAUCACAAUGCUCACUCAAACUGGCACAUGUGCCAAGUACAUUACCAAGUUCUGCACCCUGGCAACAGAAUUAGACUGGAACAACAUGGCCCUCCAUGGGCAAUUCUCCCAAGGCCUCCAUUGGGAGAACACAGCUCUCAUUAUUGACAAUGCCCUCUGUGAGGAGCAUGCCAGCCACCUGCCAAAGGGUAAUAAGCCUGGUAGCUCCACCACUACCCCCAAUAGGGGGGCAAGUACCAGCCAACAGGCCACAAGAAGUGGUCCUUUCUCCUCUGAUCCCAAUUUUGUAUCAGAGGAAGAACAAAACCAGCACCAUGUGGAAGGCACCUGUAUCAAAUGUGGGAAAAUGGGCUGCAAGUUUGUGGAAUGCCACACAGGAUGGAAGGCAACCCCUAAGGAGGAUAAGCGGAAGCCUAAGGAAACUGCCAAGAUAGAUAGACAAGUCAACCACUUAGAAGUCCUGAUAGAUUCAGGUGCCACCUCAUCAUUCCUACACCCCUGCACAGCAGAAGCACUCUGCCUACCCCUAAUAGACCUCCCUGAACCCUGUACUGCAACUAUGCUCACUAGGUUGAGCCCCAAGGCUGGCAAAAUCUGGAAAAAGGCAAACAUGACCUUUUCCUUUGAUGGCAAACAGAUGACAGAGACCUUCCUCAUUUGUAACACAGGAUCACAUGCAGCCAUCUUGGGACUAAAAUGCCAACAGAUACUGUCAAUUCCCCAUUCCCCACUGGAACAUGUUGCUAUUGCCAAAGAAGAGGAAGCAGACCCCAACCCUCUUGAAGGAGUACCUCCCAAAUACCAUCAGUACACCAAGGUGUUUGGUGAGGAAGAAUUCCACAAACUUCCCCCUCAUCAACAUUACAACAUUGGAAUAGAGCUCAUGGAAGAGGGUCCCCUUAAUAGCCCUCUCUACAGUAUGACAGAUGUGGAAUCUGCUACCCUGAAGAACUGGCUCAGGGAUAAACUCAAGUCUGGGAAGAUCCACCCCAGUAAAUUGUCUAUCAGCUCCCCUGUCAUGUUCAUACCCAAAAAGGAUGGCUCCCAUUAA